CUUGGCAAUACACGAACCACGAAACUCCUAGAACACCGCCCCUAUUUGAAAGGUGAUAACGCUCUUCAAGAUGGCAUCAUAGUAGCAAGUAGCAACCGUAACGACCGGGUGGCACUCUACUCGCUCUACAAAAAGUGACUAAAGCAAAGCGUGGCGGCAACGCUCAUAUUCUAGAGUGACAUUUACUUUUUAUAACGUUUACGUAUCCCUUUUUGAACGAUAAUUAAGUUUUUUGUAAGAGAAACAUGAAUGCACCACCGACAUUCGAAUCAUUUCUCUUGUACGAUGGAGAGAAGAAGAUAAUAAAGGAACAGGAUACUAAAGUUCCUAAUGCAGCUAUAUUUACUGUUAACAAGGAAGAUCAUAGUCUUGGAAACAUGAUCAGAAACCAAUUGUUGAAAGAUCCACGAGUAUUAUUCGCUGGAUAUAAAGUACCUCAUCCUUUAGAACAUAAGUUUGUGAUAAGGAUUCAAACAACUUCUGAUUACACACCACAUGAAGCUUUCAUGCAUGCUAUUACGGAUCUCAUCGCAGAACUCUCAUUGUUUGAAGAACGCUUUAAGGAGGCUAUAAAAGAAAAGAAGGAAGGCUUGGAUUAAAAGGCAUUAAAUGAUUACUUAAUUCUAAAUAUAACACUAAGAAAAAUGUAAAUAUAGAUAUUAAUUAUACUUAAAGAGAUAAUCAAUAAAGUGUGCAACAAUAUUUUUUUUA